AGGAUAUGAAAUCGAUUGGUAUUCAACAGCUUGAAGCCAUUCGAAGACUUAAGUCACGUGGAUGCCAACAGUUACGUCGUACAAUCUACUUGACUUUCGUACCAGAUGAAGAGUUGGGAGGUGCCAAAGGAAUGAAACCGUUUGUAGCCAAUGAUACAAAAUCUAGCAACCAGUCAUCCAAAGGGAUCAUUUUUCAGAAAUGAAUAUUGGUUUCUGUUUGGACGAAGGUAUACCAAGCACGUCAGAAGAUUAUCUAGCAUUUUACGAUGAACGUCGACCAGUUUGGGUGAAUGUACACUUUUAUGGAAAUGCCGGUCAUGGUCUAUCUUUAAUUGAAAAUACUGCUGCCGAAAAAUUCCAAAUAUUUUUAAAUCAUGUUUACGUUUUUCGUAAAGAGGAAAAGGUGAGAUUAGAAAAUUCUCAAGGGAAAUUGACACUAGGCGAUAUAACCACAGUGAACAUGACAAUGAUGAGUGGUGGUGUACAGCACAAUGUUGUGCCUGGGAAGCUUUCAGCAUCAUUUGAUAUUAGAUUGACCCCAUCUUUUUCGUUGGAUAGUUUGAAGGAGAAAUUGGGUCAGUGGGCAUUGAAUGCUGGUGGGCAAAUUGAAUUUGAAUUUAUCAAUACUGGCGUCGAAUUAAAACAAUCGGUUGUCGUCCCAGAUGAAUCAAAUAAUCCGUGGUGGUCUACUCUGACUAACGUUUGUUCAAAAUACGCCAGUAAAGUUCAGAAGAGAAUUUUUCCUGGUGGUACAGACGCCAGAUUUGUCCGAGAAUAUCACUUACUUCCACAUGUUAAAAAUGGUAGGCCAAUACAAGCAAUUGGGUUCUCACCUAUUAGAAAUACACCAGUUUUAUUACAUGAUCAUAAUGAGUAUUUGGACAAAGCAGAAUUCAUACGUGGAUGCCAUCUGUAUUCCGAUCUUGUUCAACAUCUUGGUGAAUUACCUUAACUUAAUAAAUAUCUAAUUCUUCUUUUCAACUUAUUGUAAUUAUAUCAAUCACUAUUUCAAAUUUUCACACUAGUUUUUUGUUAACUGUACGUUCGUUAAUUCAUAUGAAUAAUUAAAAUUUCCAAUGAUUA